AUGGAACAACGAACAUUGCGACUGAAAUUAUCAGCUGAUGAUGUAAAAGGUGCAGAUCGUAUCACGUGGGUCGGUAUUUGGCUUAAUGUGGUCCUCAGUGGCUUAAAAGGAGCCGCCGGCGUGACGUUUCACUCGUCUGGACUCUUGGCAGAUGCUGUGCAUUCAAUAAGUGACUUGGUCAGUGACUUUGUGACGCUCGUAUCACUUAAAUAUUGUACACGACCACCUGAUGCUUUACAACCUUAUGGAUAUGGAAAAUUUGAGACCAUUGGGGCCUUAUCAGUGUCGUUACUGUUGAUAGGAGGAUCCAUGGGGAUUCUAGUACACUCAUUGGACUCGCUCCUGGUUUUAAUGGAACCUCUUUCAGCUGUGGAGAGUGUAACCAAUCGAGUUCAUAGCCAUGGACAUGAGAUGAUCAUGCAUCCGGCUGCAUUGAUUAUCGCUGCCUUGUCUGUGGCAGCCAAAGAGGCUCUGUAUCGCACCACUUUUAGCAUUGGUCAACGUGUGCACUCGUCGGUACUUAUUGCCAAUGCAUGGCACCACCGUAGUGAUGCUGUGACGAGUCUGGUGGCAAUGGGUGGCAUUGGAUUGAGUCUUGCAGGUUUUCCAUUCUUUGAUCCACUUGCUGGUAUAGCUGUGGGUGGAAUCAUUUUGAAAAUGGGCACGGAAUUGGGCUGGAACUCGAUAAAGGAGUUGUGUGAUGCCAAGGUAUCCGAUACUACUAUCAAAAGACUAGAGAAAGCGGUUAAUAAGGUCAUUGGAAGUAGUGGCGGCGAAGUUUUGGGUGUUCGGCAACUACGUAGCCGCAAGGUUGGUCGAAAUAUCCAUGUCGAUCUGACGUUAGUGGUCGAUGACGCCUCAGCAGUGCAUCGUGCUAUUGAGUGGAAGCAAAAGGCGAAACGCGCCAUCAAGCAUACUAUUCCACGAGUGAAUGAUAUUGUUGUGGAGAUUACGACACCUGAGCAGUUGACAGCAAUGGAGACGGUUAAUGCUAAGGAAAAGCACGACCACGGCAUGUGUUAUGCAAAACAUGCUGCUGAUCAGUAA